CCCGUCUCCACCAGGGCCCCCGUCCAUGAUGCCAGCCUGCCUCCCUCCCAUUGGCAAGUCCUGCGCCAUUUUCACGCGUGGCAGGUUCCCGAAGUCUUCCGCAAGGCCGCACGGGCAAUCCGCAAAACCACUUCAGCCUCAAGGCAGCCCGGGCGCCGUGAAGCCCUCGGCGCGCAGCUGGGCGCGGUGAGAUCAUCCUGUCGUCCUCGUGGCCGCGGCGCCGCUUCGAGGACAUGCGCUGGACCGCGGCGCCGCUCGCGGCCUGGGCCGCGAAGGCUGCGAGGGGAGAGCCGGCGAGCGGGAGCGAGGACGACGUCUCGCCUUCGGGUCCGUGCCAGGCCGCGCUCGCCGGCUACUGCCCGACGGUCCCCCCCGGCGAUGGCCGGCUGACUCAGUGCCUGAUGAACGCCUGCGCCAGGGAUGGUAGAGUCGAGGGCUUGCUCCAGAAGAACGGCGUCACGUCCGAGUGCAAGAUGGAGUUGACCAUGGUGAGGCGGAAGCCCCUGCGCGCAGGUGCGAAGUCGAGCCCCCCCGUGGGGUGUCGCUGGCGUCCACGUCGCAGGCCGAGGUCGCCCGCGUGAGGGAUGCGGGGAUGCUCUGCGCGGGGUCCACGGGCGCCGCACUGCCCUGCCUCCAGGCGCACAGGGGCCGAGCUGUCCGAGGGGUGCUCGAAGCAGCUCUUCCUCGUCGAGCAGCUGACGGCGGGCGACGGGAGGCUCACUGCCCCGAGGAUCGUAAGUCAGGAGGGGAA